AUACAAUUGACUGGUCACUGCACCAUCGAUGGCAAGUUAGCCAUCAAUUUCGAAUCUGGAUCUUCUGAUACCAUGACUGUCAAUGCACCACCAAGUCUUGGUACGUUCCUUCGGUGGAGGCAGCCUAAGUCGAAUUACCAUUUUCGGGCUUAACGCAAUGCUGGAGACGGCUAUCAAUAUAAAGAUGUACGAUAUGGCACGAAGACCUUAAAUGGAGCCGCAAAUCUCACCGCGCGCACGCCACAUGAUAUCAACGUCGUUGGCGAUAUCGGUACCGGGACUCCUGGUGCAUUCGACGCACCACAGCACAGAGCGCACCCAUCAGACGGUGGAAAUCGCAACUCGCUUCUACAUCUCCCAGGGAGGCACAAAUUGGCCAGAUUUCCUCCCAACACUACAUCGCCCGCUGAACAACUCCAGGAGCGAGUCAGCAGGCAUCUCGCCGAACGAGCCCAUUCACGAGUUCCGUCUCAAUGAGAGCAUCCCGUCGCUCGUCGCUUCUGGAGAGCUAGAUCUUGAGCGCGCCGGGGCGCCGUCAUCACUCAACGUACAGCCUCCCACCGUUCAGAGCACCCUGACAACUUCGCAGGCCCAACAGCCUUGCAGGCCCCGACGGUUUUGUAGUCUCCGGGUCGUGCUAACCAGGACGUCCUCGACCCAGAAGCGUCGAGCUUUCUCAAAACCCGCGAUAUCUUCCGUCAAGCACCUCUAAGUAUAAGGCGCUCUAGAAUAUAGAAUAACAAACUAUACUUGCCCGAACUAAUUUCUAGAACUAUUAAUAAUAUCCGCAACUAUCUAGCUUAGGAUAAAGGUCUUCUAAAAAGCGUUCUUUUCUAAGUAUAGUUGGGAAAUGCUUUGGGUUACUGCUUCCAACGCAACCGCAGCCGUUGCAGCCGGUGACUUAUUUAAUUCGAUAGUAAGAUUCUUAAUCCUUAGUUAGAGCUUUUUAUUUAAAACUUA